AUGCUACGUGAACGCAUCCACUACACAAGCCGAGAACUGGACGCUGUCUCCAAAGAGUUGAUUAAGUUACAUCUUCGCUUAACCCAAGUCCUGUCCGCAGCUGACUGGGACCUAAUCGACCGCACCACGACCCAGAAAGCUGUUAAUAUCGAUGACGGGGCUACAACCAGACAGUGCAAGAAGUUCAUCAACUUGCACAAGACACAACAUCCACCCCAACUUCAUGAUGAGAGUAAGACUGUGGUCAAUCUAAGUACUGUACAUUUGGAAGAAGCGGCUUACUCUCUUCUGAGCAAGGGCCUGAACUUUGCUGUAGCCCCUGGUUCUAUCCCAGUUAAGGACAUCCUGUGCGGGGUUGAAAAGGCUGUAAUGGCCGUACCUGAAGAGACUACAGAGGAAAUUCGACAGGAGACAGUUAGGAUCCUCAAGGGCUCCAACAAACCCAAGGACAACCUCACUGAAGGCAAGACCUACAGGAAGCUGAAGAAGUAUCCCACUGACUCCUUAGAGCGCAAGACGUUGCUUCUCCUAAAGAAGUCCUCGUUCGCUGAAGAGACCUGCCAACAACCACGACCACAAUGUUCCAGACCACCGAUACUCUAUGGGUUGCCCAAGAUCCACAAACGUGACGUACCAUUAAGGUCCAUUAUCAGCACCAUUGGCUCUCCCACAUAUCGCUUGGCCAAACAUUUAGCUGGCCUACUUAACUCCUACACCUGUGACUCCCCACACCACGUGAAAAAUUCUGACGAAUUUGUUCACACCUUAAAAUCCUUCCGAUUAAAUCCUUAUGAUAUAAUGGUUAGCUUCGACGUGGUGUCGCUUUUCACCAAGGUGCCCAUCAAGGACACUAUAGAUCUGCUAGGAGAAAACUUCGCUGAAUAUGUCUUGAGACUCUUUCGCCACGUCCUAACCACAUCCUACUUCAACUUUGCUGGCCAGUUCUACGAACAGACUGACGGUGUAGCCAUGGGCUCUCCACUAUUUCCGCUCAUCGCUAACUUCUACAUGAAGAACUUUGAAGGGAAGGCGCUUGACUUGGCUCCACACAAGCCCCUAUGCUGA